AGCUAACGUCACAUGGACAAUUAAAUUCAUAUUUUAAUGGUGGAUAAUUGGAUAUGGGACUGCUCACUCUCCACUCCAGUCAAAUUUUCUCACACUCAGUCACUUUAAGUCUGAAACACUGUAAACAGACACAGACACAGUGCAUUGCUGCGAUUCCCACAAGCCAUCGCCGUCGUUUCUCGCUCUCAACUGUCUUUAUAUAUGUCUCUGCUCAACAACAAGCCCAAUGAAGAAGAUCACAUCGAUCGAAUCAGUGACUUACCGAGUAAUGUCAUUGAUGGUAUCCUACAAAACUUGGACAUCCGAGACCAAGUUAGGACUUGUAUUUUGUCAACAAAGUGGAGGUAUAUGUGGACUUAUGUCCCACAACUUGUGUUUCCUGCAAGCUUUUUUGAAUCCUACGAGCAUCUCGAUGACUCUAGCCCUAUAGUUUCUGAAAUUAUCACUGAUGUUCUUAUGCGUCACAAUGGGCCGAUAUAUAAGUUUUUUCUUCUCAUAGUUCCGGACUUCAAUUUUAAGAUCACAGUGGAACACCUUGAUAUGUGGGUUCCCCUUUUGUCGAGGAGGGGCAUUAAACAUCUUGAGCUUGUGGGCUACGAAACAGGUCUUAGUCAUUUGCCAUAUAUUGUCUUCUCUUGUAAGGAAUUGACCAAAUUUAAAUUAGGCGGAUUUAACUUGUCAAUUCCACCUAAUUUCUCUGGGUUUAAAAGAUUGCUUAAUCUUAACUUAUACAAUGUUACAUUCGAGUCAGGUGCACUUGAGAGUCUUAUUUCUGGUUGUCAGUUACUUGAAAAGAUCAGCAUUGAAGACUGUAAUGGUUUUGAAUAUUUUGAUUUUUCUGCUCCUUCCUUAAAAGUCUUAUUGCUAUACUUUGAUGAAGAUGUGAAGUCAAUUUGUCUCAAGAAAGCAAACAAUUUGAUUGAUCUUAGACUUAUAGCUAUGGAUUGCUGGGUAUCUGGUUUGAUCAAAAGCUUGCCAAAAAAUAUGCAGAGGUUUUCUAUUGGUUCAUAUGUUUUAACUAACAAGAUCCCUUAUGCAGAUAUCAUUCCCCUGACGCUGGUGAAAAGCUCAUUCAACUCCAUAAAGUAUCUGGAAUUGGGUGCUGUGAAAUUGAAUGAAAGAAAAGAAAUUUUGUAUAUUGUUAAUGUACUUAAAAGUGCUCCUCGCUUGGUUGAACUUGUUGUAGAGAGUAACGGCCAUGUUGAUAUUACACAAGCGUCUGACCGCUCGGUGGAGUUGGAAUGUAGUAGCUGUUGCCUUAAUCAACUUAAGACCGUGAAUAUCAACAUUCGUGCUACUUCUCAUCAACAUGCAAUGAGUUUGAUACAGUUCAUACUUGCAAAUUCUACAUCGUUAAAGACUCUUACUUUUAACGUUCGUCUUGAGUCUCGAGAAUUAGAUGCAUCUAUGUUGUUAAGCAUUUCACAAGACUUGCUAUUGAUGAAACGAGCAUCACAGAGUGCACAGGUUAAGUUCAUUCAUUGAGAAUGUAUUGGAUUUUAUCUGUAAACACCACAGUUCUGCUCGGUGUCUUUGCUUUAUUUAAUUUUCCAGACUAGCCCAAGUGUUGGACCAUUCCGAGAAGUUAGAAUGCAGUAGUUCAGCCUUAAUCAACUUUCACAGUGAAUAUCAUCUAUGUCCUCAACAUGCAAUGUGUUUGAUGAAACGAGUUAUACUUUCAAAUUCAUCAUUGUUAAAUACUUAGUUUUGAAGUUGGUAAGAAAUCAGAUGCACCUAUUUUGACAAGCAUUUCACAAGACUAGUUAAGGAUAUAGUUUGUGUUUAUUUUGAGAACCCGGCUAUCCUUUCCUGUUUGUUCAGGAGUGUAACCUUAUUUCUCUCCUAUUUGUACUGCUUGUGCAUAGGUUUCAGUCUAUUAAUAUAUUUACAGUUUAAAAAAAAUCAGAUAAAUAACAUUUGAGGUGUUAGCUAAAGUUUUAGCUUUGUAGUCUAAAGUUGCACAAUAGUCAUUAAUUUCACUUUGUUUUUUUCUUCCAUACACAUGACAUGAGUGUUUUCGUAUCUUUGUGUCUUCCCAUGGCUGGACUCAUAUAUCCACCCUACUUCACAAUGGAACACCUUGAUUUGUCACAAUUUUUUUUUUCAUAUCUCUUUACUUCACAAUGAAAUCAUAUCUUUGGACCGAUA